GAAUCAUUUUAACUACUUAGAAAAAAAUGCUUACAACAAGUGUGAAAGAAAAGAUAAAAGAGUGAGGAAUCCAAGGCUCUCUCCCAAAGCAGAGAUGACAUAAGCUUUGCCCCCUUAAAAAUUGUCAAGCAUCAAAAGGUGGGAAUACCAGAUAACAUUCUAUCAAUUUUUAAUAAUAUCCAGUUCCACUUCCAAUUCCUCUAUACCUCUCAAUCUUCUACCAUUUUCUUUCCCAAACUUGUCCACACUUUGUUCUUCAAUUUCCCUUUUAAAUACCCAACUACCCCCCAUUUCUUCAAGCCUCUUUAUCACACGAAAUUUUCCUUCCAAAACUUCCCUCUUUGUCUGUGCAAAUGAUUUUCAAGAACGAAGAAGAAUUAGUACCAAAUGAAAUCUCGGACAGCAACAACCAAGACGCCGAGUCGAAAACAAGCUGUCAUGAGGAAAACGAUGAAAACAGAGUAGCCGAUGAAGAUGAUAAUAACUUGGGAGAGUGGUUGAGCUUAGGUAUCAAUGAAAAUAAGGCUUUUUCAGUUGGGGAUAACUGUGAUCCCCAUUCAAAGCCAACAACAAGUAACAAGGUUUUUUCAUGCAAUUUUUGCAUGAGGAAGUUCUAUAGCUCACAAGCUUUGGGUGGUCAUCAAAAUGCACAUAAGAGAGAACGAGGAGCUGCUAAAAGGUACCAAUCCCAUAGGAUGAUGAUGAUGACAACAAUGGGAUUUCCGUUCAAUUCCGCGACGACGAGUAGUCGAUCACUCGGUGUUCAGCCUCAUUCCCUAGUUCACAAGUCCAGUAGUAGAGAAGGGUCUGCAAGGGUUGCAAGAUUUAAUGGUUCUUCAGCUCAUGCCAUGGCAGCAUGGACACCUUUCAUGGUUGAAGAAACAAUGGAUUUGAUAUGGCCUGGAAGUUUUCGUCUCCAAAAAAUGCCCAAACAGGAUUCUGAUGUGCAUAAACUGGACUUGAAUCUUAAGCUGUGAUUUUUAUGCUCCUUCUACUUUGUAGUUUGUAUUUCAAUCUGAAUUGUUUUUGUUUUUGUUUUUGUUUUUUUUUUUUUUUUUUUUUCAAUGUUAUAAUCCAAGUGGGAAAAAUAUAUAUUUAUAAUUAUAAACUUGGUGUAUGAGGUUUUAUUUGAAGAGAUCACUACCAGAAAAAAAACAUAAACACAGUUAAAUUGCUAACAGUUCGAUCAAUUUCUGUCCUAUAUCAAUAAUAUAUCAAUUUAAUUGCCAAGUUGUGCUUAAAUUAUAUUAUCAAUUUCGAAGCAAUUAUUAGAGAGGUUGGUCUUGCA